AGAGGGAAACGAGCCUAAAAUAAAAUAAAUAAUAAAAAAAUGGCAAGAAAGAUGCAGAGUUCACUAACAAACACACACCCUCCCAAAUAAAGAAGACAGAAACAGAAACUUCAGAGGGUGUGUGAGUGUGAGUCUCUUUCUCUCUCUCUCUCUCUCUAUUUCUCUCCGUACGAAAAAAAACGGAGAGUAGCAUAGCGCUGCUAAAUCCGGCAAAUACGCACAUCGGCUCACAUUUACGCCACCCCUACUCAAUGAUAGUCCUCUGUUUCACUCUGCUAAUGUGCGCUGCCCCUUCACACCACGCUAACCUCAACUCCCUUUUAUUAUAACACUGCUCUGUCUGUCAGAGUUUCUUUCUUUUUCUCUUCGAAGCUGUGACAACUAACAAACCAUUUUGCAAUGCGAGCUCUUCUACUAUUUCUAGUGCUGUGCGCACCUUUCUUAUCUUGCGCCGAUCGCAGCGCCGCAACCGUUGCUGAGAUCCAAGCCUUGACGUCCUUCAAGCUCAACCUUCACGAUCCUCUAGGAGCUCUCAACAGCUGGGAUCCCUCCUCGCCGGCGGCCCCGUGCGACUGGCGCGGCGUUGCCUGCACCAGCGGCCGUGUCACUGAGUUGCGCGUACCUCGCCUUCAACUCGGUGGCAGACUCACUGAACGAAUCUCCGAGUUGCGCAUGCUGCGCAAGUUAAGCCUCCGUUCGAACUCCUUUAACGGAACCAUUCCUUCGUCUCUCUCCAAAUGCACACUCCUGCACUCUGUCUUCUUGCAGGACAACUCUUUUUCCGGCGUCAUUCCGCCGGAGAUCGGGAACCUCACCGGUCUUCAGAUUUUCAACGUGGCGCAGAACCACCUCUCCGGAGAAGUCUCCGGCGAGCUCCCUCUUGGCCUCAAGUACUUCGACCUCUCAUCCAACGCCUUCUCCGGCGAGAUUCCAACUGCCAUUGCCAACCUCUCUCAGCUCCAGCUGAUCAACCUAUCGUACAACCAGUUCUCCGGCGAGCUUCCGGCGAGCUUCGGGCAGCUUCAGCAGCUGCAGUACCUCUGGCUCGAUCACAACCUCCUCAGGGGAACUCUACCUUCGGCGCUCGCGAACUGCUCUUCUCUCGUGCACCUCAGCGUUGAAGGAAACGCUCUCAGCGGCGUGAUUCCGUCGGCGAUUUCUGCCCUGCCGAAUCUUCAGGUGAUGUCUCUAUCACAGAACAAUCUCACUGGUUCCAUUCCAGCCUCCUUUUUCUGCAACGUUUCGGUCCACUCGCCUUCGCUUCGGAUAGUUCAACUUGGAUUCAACGGUUUCACGGAUUUCGUGGGGCCUGAGACGAAGAGCACGUGUUUCACUGUUCUUCAGGUUUUGGAUGUUCAGAACAAUCACAUACGAGGCAAAUUUCCCUUGUGGUUAACCAAUGUCACUACGCUAACGGUUCUUGAUGUUUCCAGCAAUGCACUUUCCGGCGAGGUUCCGCCGGAGAUAGGGAGCCUCACCAAACUGGUGCAGUUAAAGAUGGCCAACAAUUCGUUUUCCGACGCCAUUCCUGUGGAAAUCAAGAAAUGCUGGUCGCUGAGUGUGGUUGACUUUGAAGGUAACGAGCUUUCCGGCGAAGUUCCUUCGUUUUUCGGUGACAUGACAGAAUUGAAGGUGCUGUCCCUUGGGGGGAACCACUUCCAUGGCUCAGUUCCGGUGAGUUUUGGUAACCUUUCCUCUCUUGAAACGUUGAGUCUGAGAGGUAAUAGUUUGAAUGGAACCUUGCCUGAUACGAUAAUGGCGUUGAUCAAUUUGACCGUGCUUGACCUCAGUGGAAACAAGUUUAGCGGUGAAGUGUCUCCUACUAUUGGAAAUCUGAAUAGAUUGAUUGUUCUCAAUAUCAGUGGCAAUGACUUGUCUGGAAAAAUUCCUGCUAGUGUGGGGAAUCUUUUCAGGCUCACUACACUUGACUUGAGCAAACAGAAUCUUUCAGGUGAGUUGCCGUUUGAGCUCUCAGGUCUGCCAAAUCUGCAAGUCAUUGCUCUGCAGGAGAACAAGUUAUCUGGUGAUGUACCUGAAGGUUUUAGCAGUUUGAUGAGUUUGCAGUAUUUGAAUCUCAGCUCUAAUGAAUUUUCUGGCCAUAUACCUGAAAACUAUGGCUUUCUUCGUUCGUUGACCGUGCUUUCAUUGGCUCAUAAUCACAUUUCGGGGGUGAUUCCUCCGGAAAUUGGAAACUGUUCUGAUGUUGAAGUUCUUUUAUCUGGAGAUGUGCCUGGGGAUAUUUCCAAAUGCUCCUCGUUGAAUUCUUUGUUAGUGGAUCACAACCAUCUUUCAGGGAACAUACCAGAGGCAUUGACAGAUCUGUCAAACCUAACAAUGCUGGAUCUCUCUGCUAAUAACUUCAGUGGGGAAAUUCCUAGUAAUCUUUCUAUGAUCCCUGGCUUGGUCUACUUCAACGUUUCUGGGAACAACCUUGACGGUGAGAUACCUCCAGCAUUGGGCUCUAGAUUCAACAAUGCCUCUUCAUUUGCAGGUAAUGAGAAAUUAUGUGGGAAGCCGUUGGAUAGAAAGUGCGAGGAGAUGACCAAAAAGGAUAAAAAGAGGUUGAUUGUCUUGAUUAUCAUCAUUGCAUCUGGAGCUUUAUUACUUGCAUUGUGUUGCUGCUUUUACAUUUUCAGCCUACUUCGAUGGCGAAGGAGGCUCAAAGAAGGGGUUUCAGGGGAGAAGAAAAAGAGCCCGGCAAGGGCCAGUUCUGGGGCAAGUGGAGGCCGAGGCAGCACGGAUAACGGUGGACCAAAGCUGGUUAUGUUCAACACCAAAAUCACCCUGGCCGAAACAAUAGAGGCGACGAGACAAUUCGACGAGGAGAAUGUGCUGAGCAGAACAAGGUUUGGACUAGUAUUCAAGGCAUGCUACAACGAUGGCAUGGUCCUAUCGGUCCGCAGGCUCCCAGAUGGGGCAUUGGACGAGAACAUGUUCAGAAAAGAAGCUGAAUCAUUAGGCAAAGUCAGGCACCGAAACCUAACAGUUCUAAGAGGCUACUACGCUGGUCCACCAGACAUGAGACUCUUAGUCUACGACUACAUGCCGAAUGGAAACCUCGCAACACUCCUCCAAGAAGCUUCACAUCAAGAUGGCCAUGUUCUGAAUUGGCCAAUGCGACACCUCAUUGCACUGGGAAUUGCUCGGGGCUUAGCGUUCCUGCACCAGUCCUCAAUGGUCCAUGCGGACGUGAAACCACAGAAUGUCCUGUUCGAUGCAGAUUUCGAAGCCCAUUUAUCUGAUUUUGGGUUAGAGAGGCUAACAAUAGCAACCCCAAGCGAAGCCUCAACUUCAGGCUCAGUUGGCACUUUGGGUUAUGUAUCUCCAGAAGCAAUCUUAACUGGGGAAGCCACCAAGGAGUCUGAUGUAUACAGCUUUGGCAUCGUGUUGCUGGAGCUUCUAACAGGAAAGCGCCCCGUGAUGUUCACCCAAGACGAAGACAUAGUCAAGUGGGUGAAGAAGCAACUACAGAGGGGUCAAAUUACUGAGCUACUAGAGCCAGGGUUGCUUGAAUUGGACCCAGAAUCAUCAGAGUGGGAAGAGUUCUUGUUGGGUGUCAAAGUAGGCUUGCUUUGCACGGCACCUGAUCCGCUUGACCGACCAACCAUGUCCGACAUCGUUUUCAUGCUCGAAGGCUGCCGUGUCGGCCCUGAUAUCCCCUCCUCCGCCGAUCCCACCUCUCAAACUUCUCCAGCAUAACAUAAACCCAUCACUGCAAAGUUUGAUUGACAUUAUUUUGUUCAAAGUUCAAUCCUCCUUUUUCUUUUUUGGUUAAUUUGAUUUCAUAAAUGUAACAGUUUGUAGUUCUUAAUUGUUUUUUCUUUGUUGGAAAAAAAAAGAGAAAAAGAAAAGAAAGAAUGGAGCCAGUUUUUUCAAUUUUUUUGGGGCCCUUCAAGUGCCGGAGUCGGAGAUGGCUAGGUGGGGACCACAAGAAAGUGAGCCAAGUGUAAUCUUAAUCCGUGAUGCUCUCUCGCACUCAAAAACGGUCAACGUCAUUGACAAAAUGGAGGGUCGAGGUCCACGUGGACGAGUGUGGACAAAUUGGGGGCGGGAAUGUGGGCCCCCACGGUGGCAUUUCCCGCCAAAAGGCAACGGCAUCAUGAAACAGUGUAGUAGGCACUGUUCCCGUCACCUGGUUUUCUGACAUCAUCAUGUGGUUCAUUUACUCAGUUUUCCGGCAACGGGGUUGGUUGAAGCUAGCUAGCCGUUAAGGUUGUGGGGUCCGAGGUUCAUGUUCCCAAGAGGAAAUGCAAUGACAUCGGUGUUUGGUGUGCUCAGUCUGGCGCUCCUGCAGUCUCAGUGGACAAUGUUCCGCUGUACCUCACUGCACCACGUCGCUUCUUCAGCUGCCUUAUUCAAAGCUUGGUUGUUUUGUUUCAAUUUUAAUUUUUCAUUUCUUGCUUAUUGAUGAUUGAUUCAUUGCGAGGAAAGAGAAAUUGGCGUGAGGAACGGCGUUAGAGUGGAUAAUAUGAUUGGCUUUUACAA